AUGGGCUGCCAUGGACAAGAGGACCAAAAGCUCGCCCUCGUCGCAGCCAGCGACGAUGGCUUCGACUGGCUGGAGGACUCCAUCUCCUUGCUCGCUGCGGACAUCGAUCUCGGUGGCAGCUACGGGUGGUGGUGUGAUCCAUUGCCGGCGCAGCAGCAAGAUGACAUUGGGAGCGUCGUGGCGCAGACGCUGUCGCCUCCAGCGCCACAGACGACAAGCUCGCCCCUGGCCCACGCCUCACCGAGCAUUGCAUCGCCAGCGGUGUCAUCCCCGUCCACGGAGCCGUCGUCCAAGAAGCGCAAGUCUCCGACGCACAGGGUGUCCGGCCAUAGCAGCAGCAACCAGCGUCGCCGCGCCGAACAGGAGAGGCCAAGUGGCGGCGGCAGCAAGAAGGGCAGCAGCAAGGGCGGCGGAGCUGGUUCGGACAGGGACGCGAGGUGGGCGGAGCAGCUGCUGAGUCCGUGCGCCGUUGCCGUCGAGGCACGCAACCUGUCGCGCGUGCAGCACCUGUUCUACGUGCUCGGCGAGCUCGCGUCCUUCGCCGGCGAUGCCAAUCACCGGCUGGCCGCGUAUGGGCUGCGAGCGCUCUCGCUUCGCCUACCUGCAGCAGUGGGCACAGCUGCCGCAGCUGCGGUGAAAGUGCCGGACUGCGAGUGCCCGACGCCGUCGUUCGCUGGCGCGGAGCCCCGGCUGUUCCGCGCGUCCCUCAUCAAGUUCAACGAGGUUAGCCCGUGGUUCGCGCUGCCCAACGCUCUUGCGAACGCCGCCAUCGCGCAGCUGGCGGCCUCGACGCGCGGCGCCGCCGCCGCGCCCCGGCCGCUCCACCUCGUCGACAUCGGCGUUUCGCACGGAGUGCAGUGGCCGACUUUGCUGGAGUCCCUGACCCGCGUGCCCGCCGGACGAGCACCGCCGUCUGUCCGGCUCACGGUCGUAGGCAUCCCACCGGUGACGACGCCAUUCUCGGCGUCGCCUCCGGGGUACGACUUCUCACCGCAUCUCCUCCGGUACGCCAAGUCCAUUAACCUGGACCUCGAGAUCAGCCGCGCCGCCUCGCUAGACUCCGCGCAUGCCUUGUACGGUCCGGACGAGGCGCUCGUUGUGUGCCUCCAGUUCCGGCUCGGCCACGUCACGGCCGAGGAGCGAACGGACAUCCUCCGGAGGGUCAAAGACCUCAAGCCGGAUCUGGUGGUACUCUCGGAGCUCGACGUCGGCGGAGGCAACGUCAGCAACGCGGCGUGCGAGUUCACGGCGAGGCUAGAGCUGCUGUGGCGGUUCUUGGAGUCGACGUCGGCGGCGUUCAAGGGGAGGGACGGGGAGGACAGGCGGCUGAUGGAGGCCGAGGCGGGGACUGCCGUGGCGGUUACCGCGGCAGGGGAUCAUGGCAGGGAGGGCUGGCGGGAGCGCAUGACGGCGGCGGGGUUCGAGGAGGCGCCGUUCGACGGCGAGGCGGUGGAGUCCGCCAGGUCGCUGCUGAGGAAGUACGACAACGGGUGGGAGAUGUCCACGGCGCCCGCGGCGACAGGAGGCGGCGGCGCGGUGGCGCUGCGGUGGAAGGGGCAGCCGGUGUCCUUCUGCUCGCUGUGGCGGCCGGCGUAG